GUGACUGGCACUUCUGUAGUAGGCUGUGCGUGUAUAACUGUAGUGGUGAUUGUGUGGGUGUAUGUUUGUGAGUGAGUGAGAAGAGGUUGGUAUGUACCUGAGGCAGAUUUAUGCAUAUGUUUCUAUGCAGCUGAGAGGUAGGUGUGGGAGCAGUAGGGGUUGUGAUGUUAAUGACAAAUACGUGUCGGAGAUAAAACCCCAUACAGUGCGAAACCCUGACCUGGGCAGGCCCGUCCUACGUAUCUGCCACUGGCAGAUACCCGAGGUGUCUUUUAAAACGUUCGCAACGUUGCAUAGCUUUUCAUGCCAAUAAGGUAUUAGUGUAUUGAAUUGCAUAUGACGGGAUGAUGCGUGUGGGCUAUGUACAGGAAGUGGUAGUAUGCAACUGACAAGAGUGUUAGUGGGUUUGUCUGCAGUUGGCAGCCGUGCUGAUUGGUAUUGUAUGUUUCAAGGAGAGCGUAGUGUUUAUAUACAAGGGCAGGUGUUUGUAUAUAAGACAAGCGGGGGGAGCGGGCUGUGCACAGCUAGGCGCUGGUGUGGGUGAUCGAGGAGAGUGCCCUGGGCGGAGAUGGGAGGGGGUACCCGGGGCUGGCUUGAGACUCGUGCAAUGUGACUGUCGAGAGAGGGAUACGCCACGCUGGGGCCCGGGGGGAGAUCCUGAACGGUUUCUUGGGGGCCACUCCCCUCCGAGCGUUUACAUCUCCCUGGUCCCUCAGGGAUCCUCUGCUCCCACAUGAGACAGGUCGGGGCUGCCGUCGCAGCAGCAACAUGCAGGCGGAACUGAAGACAGCGGUGCCUUGUUGCAAGGGGAGGGGAGGCCGGGCUGGCUGUGCAUUCAUACCCCGGCAGCGAGAGAGGGGCAGCGGCGUGAUCUGCACUAACUGCCAAUUCAUUCUGUUAUAAAAAGAACAAAUUAGCCUAAAGUAGUGGUUCUCAACCUAUUUACCAUCGUGGGCCACAUAUGCAGUUCUCUAUGUGUUAUGUGGGCCGCAGCCACACAAUAUAUAUACUACCUGUAUGACCCCAAGGAUGUCAUAUGGGCUGAUUGGGCUGCAAGCAACCUGUGGGUUGAGAAGCACUGGCCUAAAGGAUAUAGCACUCCACUACUAAAAUAAAGAAGAUAGGUUGACCUAACUACAGUAUGGUGCUGUUUCGGUAUGUGUGCCAACUCUACAAACGAUUGCUUCUGUCCAGUUUAGAAACUAGCUCAAUAAAUGUAGGUAUUUGGGCCAGAAAUAUACAUUCUUCAGCGGAAAGGCUGGAAGUGACUUAUGACUAUGGAAUUAAAAAACAAACGAUGCAUAACCAUGAAGUUCAAAAGCUACAUCAAACUGCAGAUGAUGAAGAUUGUAGACGACCACACAUACCAGUGAUGGUGAAAGAAGUUGUCAAUUGUUUAUCACCCCAGCAAGGGCAGCGUAUGCUUGAUAUGACGUUUGGAGCAGGAGGUCAUACUACAGCUCUUCUACAGAAAGUAACUGAUAUUACAAUAUAUGCACUAGACAGAGACCCAGCAGCUUAUAAAAUAGCUCAGCAACUUUCAGAAUCAUAUCCGAAACAGAUUCAGGCUCUUCUAGGGCAGUUUAGCCAAGCAGAAACCUUAUUAAUCUCAGCUGGAGUAGAGCCAGGAAUGCUAGAUGGAGUUCUUUUGGAUGCUGGGUGUUCCUCUAUGCAGCUUGAUACUCCUAAAAGAGGUUUUUCCCUGCGAAAGGAUGGCCCUUUGGAUAUGAGGAUGGAUAGUGGCAGGUAUCCUGACAUGCCCACUGCUGCUGAUGUUGUGAAUGCUUUAGAUCAACAGGCGCUUGCGUCCAUCCUGAGAACAUACGGGGAGGAGAGGCACGCCAAGAAAAUAGCUUCAGCAGUCGUUCAGGCACGCAGCAUCUACCCCAUCACCAGAACUCAGCAGCUUGCCAGCAUUGUUGCAGGUGCUUUUCCAGCAGGAGCUUUGUAUGCCCGAAAAGACUUACUUCAGAGACCUACACAUGUUGCCACCAAAACUUUCCAAGCCUUGCGUAUAUUUGUGAAUGAUGAGCUCCGCGAACUCUAUGUAGGGUUGAAGAUAGCUGAGAAGUUUCUGAAACCUGGAGGUCGACUUGUAGCCCUUUCUUUUCAUUCACUAGAGGAUCGUAUCAUCAAACGAUUCCUUCAAGGAAUAGAUGUUUCAGAAAAGUUCAACCUUAACAUAAGACAAAAGAUAAGACAAGGACAAAAAAAUUAUUCAGAACAAGAUGUGGAAGAAUUCGUCAGUGAAAAAUCCAACUCAAGGUGGACAUCUAUACAGAAAAAAGUGCUUACUCCCCAGGCUGCAGAUGUUCAAGAGAACCCAAGAGGGCGGUCUGCCAAACUAAGAGCUGCUAUCAAACUGUGAAAUAAAAUAAAAUACUCUGAUUUUCUCUUUAUAUUAAAUAUGCUUUUGUAAAUGUUCAUCUUUCAGACUGUACAGAGAUGGUCAAAUUGAAAAAUAAAAGGAAAGAAAAUAAUUGAUAUCUUA